AUGGUCAAAGCGAACUCCGGGGCGGAGAACAUCCGCGUCGUCAUCCGCUGCCGCGACAUCCUCCCGUACGAGGCGGAGCGCGGCGACAAGGCGCUCGUUCGGCUCGAUCUGGCAACGAACCAGGUGGUGGUGCAGCACCCCAUCGGCGACGCCGAUGUGUUUGCCUUCGACGCCGUUUACAACAACUCCUUCACCCAGCGCGACAUCUUCCUGCAGGAGGUGCAGCCUCUGGCGGAUGCGGUGCUGCAAGGCUACAACGCUACCGUCUUCGCCUACGGUCAAUCCGGGUCUGGUAAGACGCACACGAUGACAGGUAAGCUGAGCCAGCGGAACAUGUGGGGUAUGAUGCCGCAGGUAGUUGACUACCUCUUCUCCGAGAUCAAGAAGCUCACGUCGUCCACGAAGACCUUCAAGGUGAAGGUGUCCUACGUGGAGCUAUACAACGGCAAGUCGCGCGACUUGCUCUCCUCAAAGCAGGUUAACCUGGAGAUCAAGCAGAAUACGUCCAAGAACUUCUACGUGAAGGGUGCAGAGAUGCCAGAGGUGACCAGCUUCGAGGAUGCCAUCAAAUGGUUCAACGCCGGUACGGAGAGGCGACAGACGGCCUCGACCGACCUCAAUGACACAAGCAGCCGCAGUCACUCACUCUUCACAGUGCAGAUUGAGCACUUCGACUUCGAGAACGACCCGAGCUCGCCGAUCGUCAUGACGAGCAAGAUCAAUGUGGUCGAUUUGGCCGGGUCGGAGAAGCUCAGCAAGACGAACGCGACUGGCGAGACGGCAAAAGAAGGCUGCAACAUCAAUCUGUCCCUGUCCGCACUGGCCACGGUGAUCGACACCAUCGUGAAGGGGGCAAAGCACAUUCCGUACCGCGGCUCGCCGCUGACGAUGCUGCUGAAGGAUUCCUUGGGGGGUAAUGCCAAGACAGUCAUGUUCGCAAACGUCGGCCCCUCCGAUAAGAAUCUGUCCGAGACGAUCUCGACGCUCCGGUUCGCGCUGCGCGCGAAGCAGAUCGAAAACAAGCCCAUCAAGAACAUGGACCCAAAGGAUGCCCGCAUCCAGGACCUGAUGGAGCAGAUCGACGAGCUUAAGAAGCGGCUGGGUAACGUAGACCUCAACGUGGAGGACAGCCUGCGCCAGCGCAUCGAGGAGCUCGAGGUCGAGAACUCUGACCUUCGCGGCGGCAGCGAGAAGAACAACAUCGAGCUUGAGGAGCGGAACCGUUUCCUGCUGGCUCAGAUCGAGGAGAAAGAGAAGGAGGUGGUGGAGCGGCAGCACGAGAUUCGCAAAGAGAUGGAGCGGCGCGAGCUUGUGGAGUCGAACCUGUCGAACGAGUUCAGCCGGCUGCGCGAUCUGCGUCUUGCCAACGUCAACUUCCUCAAGCGUGUGUGCACCGAUGAGCAGCUGGAGCAGAUCCGGAUGCACAUGUCGCCUGAGAAGGCAGCCAAGAAAAAAUCAGACGAGUGGGACGUGAAAGAGAUCGGCUUCUAUCUCAAUGGCUUUGCUGAGCAGUACGAGCAGUGGCGGAAGGUGACGUAUACGCAGGAGGACAUGGAGAAGUACGCUCGACGCGCGAUGGCGGAGCUGGAGAGACAGACGCAGCGCCAGCUGAACGACGCCGCGCAUGCGAAGGAGGACUUGCAGCGUCAGCGGGACGAGGAGGCGGCGCGCCGCACCGCGGAGCAAGGCGCCACGUCGCAGCUCAAGGUAGAUCUCAACGCCUUGCGCGAGGAGAACGUCAAGUUGCGGGAGAAGAUCGAACGUGACCAAGAGAAGAUCAAGGUGAAGCUCGCCAAGGCGAAGGAUGAGAUGAAGGCGCUGCAGGAUCAGGUCGAGUCGGAAAAGUCGAAAGUCACUGAGAAGGAGCGUGAAGUAAAGCGACUGCGGAUGAUGCUUGAGGAGCAGGGGGGUGCUAGCGUAGUUAGCGCCGCCGGCGGCCCGCGCAGGUCGCUCAGCGCUCCUGGGCAAGACUCAACGGAGUGGGCCAACGGAGAGGAGCGCGCUCUCGUGAUGCGUGAGUUAGAGAUGGCGCGCCACGCCAAGUCUGUGCUGGAAAACCGCAUUAAGGAGGCGAGCGUCUCGCUGCGCCGCUUCGGCGUCUGCAUCGCCGACCCGCAGAGCCUCGAAGGCGCAGAGGCGACCACCGCGAACGAGGUGCAGGCGUUUGUGCUGGCGGCGACCGAGGAGGAGCCGGUCGACGGUGACGUCGUAGCGCAGCUGCAGCAGCAGCUACGCACCAAGCAGCGUCUCGCAGAGCUCAUGCACCAGCACCAGAUGCGGCUCAAUGACAUGAUCUGCAAGUACGAACUUCUCAAGACCGGCCAUGUUACAGCAUACUCGGCGGCGACAGGUAGCACGGCCGCUGGUACUGUCUCUGCGGGUGCCGCCCACGGGAUACCGGCCGAUAUGAACGGCAUCGGCGGCAUCGAUGAAGCCACCGCAAACCAGGUGAAAGAGCUGCUGCAGCGCAAGGAGGACCAGGUGGAGGCGAUGCGGCUGGAGAAGGACCAGGCCUGCGACAAGCUCGUCAAAAAGCUGAACAAGUCGGAGCGCAAGCUGCGGGAGCUUGAGUCUAUGUUGGAGGAGGAGCGCACGCAGUUCACCGAGGAGAAGACCGAGAUGACGACGGAGGUGGCCGAGCUGCAUAGCUACAACCAGCAGCUCGCCCUCGAGCUCGAGAACGUGCGCAGCCAACUCGAGUUCGUCAAGGCGGAGACGGCGAGCGCCGUACGCGCCAAGGAAAGCGAGGUGGACUACUACAAGACCCAGGUGGAGGAGGCGAACCAGCGCCUCGACGACAUCCGCAACACCGCCGCCGAGUUCGAGGAGCAGCGCAAGAGCUACCAGAGGCUGCAGGAGCAAGUGGCGCGAACCGAAGACGCCCUCGCCAUCAAGAACGAGGAACUUGAGAGCAACCGCCAGAUGGUGCAGUGGUCCAACCGGCAGCUCGAGAAGGAGAAGCAGAAGAAUGAGGAACUGGAGCAGGCGCUGCAGGACAAGCAGCUGGAGCUGCGCCAGCAGGAGCAGAACUUCCAUGCAGAAAUGGCGGAUCGUUUGAACGCACUGGCUGCCAGCAACAACCGCCGUCUGGCGGAGAACGCCGCGCAAUGUGAGGAACGCAUCAACGAAGAGCGCAUGAAGGAAAAGGCGCUGCAGAAGAAGAUCAAGAACGCCAAAACGACAGCCAGCAAGGCUGCACAGCGCUACGACGAGAUGAUCCUGGAGAACGAGGCGCUGCUGUCGAAGCUGGAGGAGCUGAAGGUGGCCUCGAUGAAGAUGUACCUUGAGCGGCAGGAGUCCCAGCGCGAGCAAGACUACCGGCCGGGCAACACCAUUCGCUCGCGCGGGCUUUGA